AUGGACGACCCGUUAUCACCGAACAAUAUCAACCCAUCAUGGUCCGACAUCCCAACGGAUCACACUCAAUCAUCCAUCUUCUCUCCUACCCCUAGCCAAAGCCAUGUCAUCUCCCAAUCAUCAUCAUCAUCAGAGGAUUAUUCCAGAGAACCAAAAGUAUUUGGUGCACCUGGUUUAGGACUCGUCUCGCCUCCUCCAACUUCUAAAGAUGGUAUGAUGAAAUCGUCGAUUACCACUGCUGCGAAAGAGCCGCCAAGUCCAUUUCUAAGAGUCAGGAUAGGUGGAUUGGAGAGGAAUAGGAAAGAUCUACUGAUCAGAUUCGAUGCUAGUACGAACCUACCGAAUUUUAGGACAUCAAUAUAUAGGAAUAUGCAAAGGAGUUAUGUGGAAUUUCAGAAGUUUGCUGAACAAGCUCAACUUUGUUGUCCGCAGACUAUUAUACCUGCCUUACCACUUCCUUCAACAUCAGCUAUCGCAGACGAAGAAGACGAUCGACUUGUUAGAAUAGCAUUACAAAGAUGGUUUACUAGGAUAUGUGAAGAUCCAGUAUUGAUGAAAGAUGAUGAACUGAGAUCGUUCAUCGAAUCUGAUUUUGGUUACACUCCCGUCCCACCUCCCUCAGCAAGGAAAUCAUCAGCUGCCUCAGCGGCCACUGGAGUAUUCUCCGCAGCGUUGUCGAAAGUGGUAAGAAGAGGACCUCUGGACGAGGACGAUGAGCUGCAAAGUGCCAAGAACGCUUUGGAUAAACUGGAAGAGAGGUGGGGAGCGGCUGCUACAGCAAUCAAUGGAAUUGGGAAAGCAAGAAGAGCCUUUGCGGCAUCAAAUGCAGAUGUCGGGGCGAAACUUGUCUCCCUAUCAACGGUCGAAUCGGAUCCUCAUUUAGCUGCUGCUGAGAGGAAAUUUGGAAGGACUUGGGAACAUCUCUCUGGGAUGAUAGGUGCUCAGGCCGCUUCGGAGAAUGUCAUUCUGAGUGACUCAUUAGGCUAUCAAGCGCUGAAUGCUAGAGCUGCAAAGGACGCUCUACUACAACGUACUACCCUCCUUGAAGAUUCUCAAACGGCUACGAAAUCAGCUAUCAACAAACGAAGAAAUGUGGAAAGAUUGAAAGGUAGUUCAAAAAUUGAUCCGGUCAAGGUUGAUGAUGCUUUACAUGAGAUGGAAGAGGCCAAUGCACUUGAGACAUCGCUUACCAAUCGACUAAACGCUAUCUCUCAGAAUCUCCACCUAUCGAUUCGUACCCACUCUCGACACGCGCACGAGGACGUUGCUGUCGCGCUGUUAGAAGCGGCUAGGAUGAGCGUUAUGUACCAUAAACAGCACUUGAGAGAACUAGAAGCUCUCAAACCUGAUCUGAAGAAAAUCGGAACUUCCGCUCCUGUCUUUGUCACUACACCGAAAAUUGCUACGGGCACGCCUAAACAGGCGAAUACAGUUCUACCACCUCAAGUCACUCCACAAGCUGGACGACCACCACCUCAGGUCCAAGCUCAACCACAAUCUCAACCUCCCAUGGCUCAUAUGCCACAAGGUUUCGCACCUGUCCCUCCUCAAGUUCCUAGCAACCCACCUCUGAUGCCGGGUCCUCCCCAAAUACCUCAACAGGCUCAUCCUGGUCUUCAACCAUCGUUCAAUCAACAACAACAGCCUCGAACACCGAAUUCAUACCCUCAAUUCGCACCACAGGGACUACCUUACCAACAGGCGCAACAAGUGCCCCAAGGAUAUAUACCUCAAUCACAACAAUCAGGAUUCCCUCAACAAAAUCAAUCGGGGUACAACCAACAGCCCGCUCCUGUACCUCGAGGAUAUCCUAUUCGACCGCCACCACCAGGACCACCAGGACCACCCAAUCAAGGUUUCGGUCAUAUGAACGGUACUCAAUCGAUGUUCCUACCUCCUCCCAAUCAGAGACCUAAUUCAGCUGGGCCUAUACCUGGACCUGGACAGGGUCAUCCCCAUGAUCCAUUGAGUGCCGGGGGAAUGACUCAAAGCAUGAUGCUACCUCAACAUGCAAGACCUCAUACGCCUGGUGGCGGAGCUGGAACGAUGGGACGGGGAGGUAGGAAGUUGGAUGAGAGACAGGCUGCUAGGAUGUUAGCUGGGGGUUUCUAG